GGGACCGUGAUUUAGCCCAUUCACGGAGACUCUCUGCUGAUAUAUCUCGCAUCUAACUAUGGUAUCUGUGUGACUAUCAAACGUUGUUGUCACUGCAAUAUUUUCUUCGUAGCCAGGAGACGCUUCAUGCUGUAGUUCUUCUCUGCGCUGCCUGAUAACUAUUUAGGCUUAAUAUCUCGGAUAUUUUUAAUGCUGGACUCAUUGAUGGCAUUAUUUGAAAGUUCAAUGUGACUUGUCCAGAGAAGGGAUCCCCUGCAUUUUGAGCUACUGGUAUCGUAUCUGGAUAUCAAAUCUAAGGUCAACUUCAUCCGCAACAUUUCUUUUACUCCUGUCAUAUCGGUUUGCUAUGUUUCUCGAUUAGCACUCUAGGUACUUUGAACCCGAUUUGAGCGAGUGUAUACUGCCAAUAUUUAUAUUGUCAAUCUUACAACCUCAGCACAUCAUGACUGCAAGUGGUGAUACCAGCUCUGCACCUAUAUGUGUGGCUUCAACUCAACGAGGUGAUGGGGCGGGUGAUGUACCUUUAGACAGCCAUAGUCAUGGCACUCUGAGCACCGCAUGUUCCGCCGAUGAAAGCGUAUCCGACGCAAAUUAUAUCAAAAGCGUCGAAUGGACUCCCGAUGGCACCACCCUUCUAACGGAUUCUGCAGAUCAUCAUAUAAGGAGUUAUAUCCUGCCCCCUGAUCUUUUAGAAGAAAGACCGUCACCGCAUCGGUUGUCUCCUUACUCUGUACUAGCUUCAGCGGAACCAACCUAUGCAACUGCUAUAUAUCCUUAUUAUUCUCUUCAGGAUCCAUCUACUACACUUUUCUUAUCAUCGGUUCGAGAUCAUCCUAUCAGACUGGCCUCAACUCUUGCUCCUACGUUGUUGGCGACUUAUUCCUUGAUACACCCAACCACGGAAGCUUUUAUAACGCCACAUUCAAUUAUCUAUCCGUACGCCCUCGGUGGAACGCAUUUUCUCACUGGGUCAGAUAGCCUUAUAUGUCUUUUUGACGUUUCCCGACCUGGUAGCGAUGGACCUGUUUCUUGGAUGCCCACUAUACCAAGUAAGCGUAAACAGACAGUGGGUGGGGGCGUUGGAAUGAAGGGUAUCAUUUCCGCUAUGGCCAUCAAUCCGACAGGAGAUGGUAUAUUAGCAGCUGGCACCUUCUCAAGACAUGUGGGAUUAUAUGACUCAAACGGAACCGGACAGUCCUUAGGCACGUUUAGCAUUGCAAAGACCGACGCUAGUCGUCGUAUUGGGGGUCGAGGUAUCACUCAGCUUUUUUGGAGUCCUUGUGGACGAUAUCUAUACAUCGCUGAACGAAAGAGUGACGGCGUUAUGAUAUACGAUAUCCGGGUAACUGGCCAAUUGCUUGGCUGGUUAGAAGGUCGCAAGGCCAUCACUAACCAACGGAUGAAGGUUGACAUCGUCUCUACCAAUCAAGGUGUAUCGCAUGAGAUCUGGGCUGGAGGAACUGACGGUUUCAUGAGGGUAUGGCGUGACCCGACACAUACUGCUGGAGGACAGGAACCAGUAUGGGAAUGGAAGAUCCAUGAUGACUCGGUGAGCAGUACUGUACUACAUCCAAUGGGCAACGUUGUGGCUACAUGCUCUGGACAAAGACACUACUUAGAUGAUGAUGACUACUCGUAUCCCACAGAAAAGCUUGACAAUAGCAUGAAAGUAUGGUCUCUGCCAUUCCUUGAGGACUGCUGAAUAUGAGUCAGUUGCUUUUAAUUUCAUUAUUCACUCCAACUGCAUCCGGGACCGGUCAGAUUUUUUUGAUGUUCGCAACGCUGCUAUGAGCCAUCUUUAUGGAUGAGACAGCUAGGGAAGGGAAAGGAGGUCAUCAAAGAAUAGCCACUGCAAUUCCUCAGAGGACCACCUCGGAGCAGUGAGGGAAUUUAUAGCAGGCUACCAUAAUCGCCGAGUCAGAUGAACCUAGAUGGCCUUUUUCAGGUGAAAGGAACUCUUGAAAGCACUAUAGGGUUUCCAAUGGGGACGCAAGAUCAGGCAAGUCUGCUUUUCAAUAUUUGUCCAUUUUCUACAUAAUCAAGUGACUUUCUCUCAUUGAACCCUAUCAGCCAGGCUAUUAUGGCUCGAUCGAUAUAUAUAGCGACGGGGAGGGAGUUGUGUGUGGAAGCUUGGAGACGUUUAUAUGCCGAUCAACAUGUUCAUUGUUUCUGGAUAUCUUAAUGCAACAGUGCCAUUGUCGGCUGAAGACAAUCGACUUGUGGACUGUUGAGACUAAUACCAAUACAUACUUCCCUGUUCUUCACCAUUUUAGUUACUGGAUAACAUUAGCCCUUUUGGUUGACAUGGUGAAUUCUGUUAGC